UUGAUCAGUCCCCGGCUGAAAUCGAUCUUGAUCACUUGGAGUUAGUGUUACUGUGACUGUUGUGGUUUUGAACCUGUUUUUUCCCAUAGCUGGAUUGCUCCUGUGAAGUUAAAGUGAUAUUUGUGGACAUUGCAGUUGGAAUAAUCCGUUGGAGUUCAGCAUGUAUAGACAACAGAGUUUAGACGGGCCAACCCUGAAGGAGGGUGGAUCCUACAUCAUGGAAGGACACGAAUCCGCGGAGGCGAAAAACGUUAGCAUCAUCUUCUCGCCACUGCAAGAGGAAGCCGGAGCAUUGGCCAAGAUGUUGAAAAUUUUCGAGGAACAUAAGGUGAAUCUGGUGCAUAUCGAGUCAAGAUCCUCCACGCGUGGACCGGGAUACGAGUUCAUGGUGGAAUGUGACAGCAAGUGCCAGAACUUGGGCGCUGCGAUCGAAACAAUUCGCGAAAAGAGCGAUUACUUUAACAUCAUUUCGAGAGAUUACAAGGAUAAUGAAGCCGCUGUGCCGUGGUUUCCCCGUCGUAUUCGCGACCUGGAUCGCUUCGCCAAUCAGAUUCUUUCAUAUGGGGCAGAGUUGGACUCCGAUCAUCCCGGAUUCACCGACCAGAAGUAUCGCGAACGACGAAAAUACUUCGCCGAUAUCGCGUUCAAUUAUAAACACGGACAACCGCUGCCCCACGUGGACUACACCGAGGAGGAGAUCAGCACCUGGAAGAUAGUGUUCCAGAAUCUAACGAAGCUAUAUCCAACUCACGCCUGUCGGGAACAUAAUCACGUGUUUCCACUGCUGAUCGAAAACUGUGGCUAUCGGGAUGAUAACAUCCCCCAGCUGGAGGACGUCUCCAACUUCCUGAAAGACUGUACCGGAUUCACGUUGCGUCCGGUGGCGGGACUGCUGUCGUCGCGCGAUUUCCUUGCCGGGCUUGCCUUCCGAGUGUUUCACUCGACGCAAUAUAUUCGCCAUCCGAGCAAACCGCUGUACACUCCAGAACCGGAUGUUUGCCACGAACUUCUGGGACACGCCCCGCUGUUCGCGGAUCCUUCCUUUGCACAGUUCUCCCAGGAAAUCGGAUUGGCCUCGCUGGGAGCUCCCGACGAGUACAUCGAGAAGUUGGCCACGUGCUUCUGGUUCACGGUCGAGUACGGUUUGUGUCGCCAAAACGGCGAACUCAAAGCUUACGGCGCAGGCUUACUUUCCUCCUUCGGCGAACUGCAAUACUGCUUCACCGACAAGCCAGAACUCCGUGAGUUCGACCCGGCCAGGACCGGCGAGCAGAAGUACCCGAUCACCGAGUACCAACCGGUGUACUAUGUGUCCAACAGCUUCGACGAGGCCAUCCAGAAGAUGGUCCAGUAUGCCAAUGAAAUCCCGCGCCCUUUCGGAGUCCGCUACAACGCUUACACCCAGAGCGUCGAGACGCUCGACUCGCAGCCCCAGAUCGCGAACCUGAUGCGCAACAUCCAGGGCGAGUUUGAGAUUCUGCAGAAUGCGUUCAAGAAAUUGUAGGGUGUGUUUAGGGUCUAGUCUUUAGCUAUUAUAAGAUUUAUGAUAAGUGAAACAUUACGCGUAAAAAUAUAUUCGAACAUGAAGCUUGAAACUCAACAAGCAAGACUGUAUUGAAUAAAAAAAAAACCACGAACAUUCCGUUGUAAA